CUUUUUCGUAAAAUAUUUUAUACAUAUUACAUGAUUUUAUACAUGAUAUUACAUAAUUUUAUCCGUGUUUUUUAAAGAUAGAAUCGCAAUGUGUUGUAAUAGUUUAUGAUUUGUUGAGCGUAACUUUGAAGUUUUCGCUAAAUUUGCUUUCUUAAGCCUAUAAAAUAAUAAAUUAAGUAUAAAACAAUGCAAAUUAUUAUUAAAACUCUUACUGGGAAGAGGCAGUCCUUAAACUUUGAGCCUACCAACACCAUAGCAGACGUGAAGGAAGUCCUAAGGGAACGAGAAUGCAUUGACGCUGGUCAGAUUCGGCUAAUUUACUCAGGGAAACAGAUGAACGACGAGUUAACUUUAAAUGACUACAAAGUAGUUCCUGGCUCAACCAUUCACAUGGUUUUACAACUUCGCGGUGGCUAAUUCACAUUUUCUACUGGUCCACGGUGGUUAGUGUGAAAAGUGGUUUAAGUUUUCUUUACUUUUAAGAAGCCUUGGUUGUCGAGUACUGACUUUCUCUUUACUUCCCUAGUCAAGUUUGGGUUACACAAUUCAAUUCCUAUACAAAUUU